UUUAUCGUACGUUCUUCACGAGUGUACACGUCGUGCAAACUUUGCACAUCCUUUUAUAUUCUACUGUCUAUAUAUUAAAGUGAACAGGUGCGCAUUGAGGAGCCAAGAUGCCGGUAAAAAUCAAUUGGCCCAUGUUGAUGGCGACGGUCUGCCCUAACAUUGGCGGCUGGAUUGACAGCUACUUUGUUAAAAAAAAUAUCAGCUGGUACGAGUCACUGAAAAAGCCAAAGUACAUCCCGCCGAAUUGGGUAUUCGGGCCCGUGUGGACCACCAUCUACUGUACAAUGGGUUACUCGUCAUACCUUGUGUGGCGAGACGGAGGUGGCUUCGAGGGGGCGGCCGUACCGCUCAGCGUCUACGGCCUUAAUCUCGCCCUCAACUGGUCGUGGACGCCGCUAUUCUUCGAGACUCGUAACAUAAAAUUGGCUCUCUAUGAAAUUGCGGCGUUGUGGAUCAGCACGGCGGCGGUUGGGGUCGUGUUCUUCCACAUUAAUCCCACUGCCGGUUAUCUCAUCAUUCCCUACGUCAUGUGGAACUCUUUCGCCGCGACAUUCAAUUAUGUCAUCUAUCGAGAUAACAAACAGCCUCCUGCUAUUGAGAAAGCCGAAGGAAAGAAGAACUAAGGAAAUUUAUAUAGCGAAAAAGAAAGGGGGAAUAGAGAGAGAGACACACAGCAGUGCCGUGGAUGUCUGCUUAGAAAACCAGCUUUUGUUAAAAGAGCAUUCCUCACGAGAUUAAUGCUAAUCAACAAGUGGGCUUAACAAGUACUUUGAGUAAGAUUUGAAUAUAUAAAAAUCGAGUAUUCGCAUAUAUCUCUAUUAAAAGAGAUCUUUUAUGAAAGCGAUGAAAAGAAAAGAAUCACCGCGAAAUAUUUCUAUUAGAGUCUAUUGCUUUUUUUUUUUAUUUGUAUUAAUAUAGCAUUGAAUGAAAUACUUUGUAGUAGUUUUUUUUCCUUUUUUUUCUAUAUAAAGUUAUUUAAAAAAAGAUUAUGUGCGAAAAUACUCGUUAUUCAAAGGCGUUGAAAAACUUGGUAUGCAUUGAUAUGGAUAAGUCUAGCUUAUCGAUUGGCUAUUCUUUUGUAAUCUUAAAAAAAUUGAAUUAAUCGAGCCCAUUAUUCACUUUCGUACAUCAUUAUCGUUAUGGACCACUUCAAUCGUCGGGUUCGACGAGACAUGCCUUUGCAUUGAACGCACAACGCCGUUAGUAUACACAUGUUUAUUGAUCGAUAUACGAAAUAAAGAUCAGCUAACCGACCACGUGUACGUACAUUAUACAGUGUAAUAUCUUAAAUGUACUAUAUAUAAGCUUUAAUAAAUCAUAUAAAGUAACCUGGGAAA